UGUUUACAUGCAUUCUUUGGAAAUUAACCAAAUGUUUACUUCGGAGAAUUGGGAACAAGGAAGUAUAUAAGUUAGAUUGACGGUCAGUUAUUGAAAAACUUUAAUAUGACGGACUACUGUCAGUUUGGCGAAUGUUGGAGGAAAGCUUUGUUUGUCCAAGCACUCGUGCUGUUUUGUUUUUCUGUAUCCAGUAUAGUUGUGGCUUUAGUGUAUGCUUCGGAUUGUCCACACGAAGGCUAUAGACUACCGUUCUUUCUGUUAGCUGCCGGACUGGUUGGCCUGUUUGAUGCUGUAAUGAUUUUCUUUUCCAACACCCUCUGGAGUAGUUACAAAAGUUUUCGAUGUGAAGGAAGCAAGGAAACAGUCAAGUGUGUUAAUGGAAUUACUGGAGCUUUGUCCUUCGUGUUUUUCAUCUUUGUCUUUGUUGGGUUGGUAUAUGGUGCUUCAGCCGAUAAUGAUUCUACGCAAUGUCUCGAUGUUGUGUGGAAAUUUACAUUGGCCAUGUGCAGUUUAGGAUUGAUUUCCUUUAUAUUGCUUGGCUGUGUGUGCAUGUUUAAAGGCGGUGACUGAUAAACAAGAUUGUCACUUGUAAUGUGAAAUGUCAUGGUUUAAUGUACUACUUCCAUUUACACAUAAUAAAGCCAUACUAGUUGUUUCAACUGUCAACUUUU